AUGCCUUCUUCCAAGGGAAAGCCCACCGAUCCCAAGAAGCGCGAGGAGGCGCGCAAAGAGGUGCUCAACAUGGAAAAGGGCGGAGGCAAAGGCAAUUGGUCUGCAUACAAGGCAGCAGAGAUGGCCAAGAAAUACGAAGCCAAGGGUGGCGGAUACGAGGACACGGGUGACAACGCCAACGAGGCCAAGACCGGCGCUCCCAAGCCCAAGAAGGAGGCCGUCGAGAAAGGCGAGCGCAAGGACCCCUCCGCGCCCGUCGGCACUCCCAAGACCAAGAAGGCCAGCACCGACAACAAGGACGACUCGAAGACUUCCGGUGCCAAGAGAAAGGCCGACGAGGACAAGCCCAAAGAGGCCGCCCAGCCAAAGAAGAAGACCUCAAAGACCCAGGCCAAGCCCCCGGCAAAGGGAACCAGGACACAACCAAAGCGAGGCGCCAAGAAGGAGUAG